AUGGCAACGGCUUCACAAAUCCGGCUUCGUCCUGACGUGGGCGUCGCCCGCCUCACCGACACCAACCCGGACGGUUCGCUGGAGGCCGCGAAUCGACUGCUCCAAAAGAACCACAAUGAACAUCACAUUUUCUGGCGGAGUGUUGCCGGCCAUAACCAUGUCGCGCACUCGGUGCUGAACACUCUGGCCCUCGGCGGCGGGCCCAGAGAUCUCCAGCGCGCAUUCGACGACGGGGCGGAAAUCCAGGUGCCCAUUCCUCCACUAGAUCGUGAUGCAGUGGCAGGCAUGAGCGCCCCAGACCAAUUUCGGGCGCGGAUGGGCUCUUUAGAUCAGUAUCCAAACUUCCUGGCCUUCUUCGCCAAAGAGAUAGAAACCAAGGGGUAUCCGGCUGUCAUUAUCGAGUACUGCUUCAGCGGCACAUCCAUCGCCGAGAGCAUGUUGGCGAAUCUGUUCGAGGGUCUAUACCAUCCACUGAUCCACCUGGCACUGGGGAUUGAAUUCGAUCAGCCCAGUAUUGUUGCAGAAGGCCUCGCUCAGGCUGCCUGCCAUGAUUCCAUGAAUAUUGAACCAUUCUUGCAUGGUACCGAGAAGAAGGCCAAGAUCCAGUAUGCCGCAAUGGACCUGAAUACACCGUUGAUAAGCCUGUUUCAUGCUGUGCGGGACAACGAGGUCCUCCGGACCGCAGCCUACGGGGACUACGGUGGCGGUGUGGCCCGAGUUCGAGAUGGCAUCUUGGGCAGGGCCCGAGAGGAGAUCAGCUCAAUUGCAGCUAGAUUUGGAGUCGACGUCGAUCAAUUGGAUCGUCGAGCGGCCGAGAUGAUCAGCUGUGCGGCCUACCUAGCUGGGUCGGCGCAGCGGCCGGGCAAGGCUCGCAAGAUUGACUUCUUCCACCUGCAUACUGUCACUGCCUCGCUGGGACUGACUGUGUUGCUCCAGCAGCCAUGGAUUAGACCAGAGCAUAAAGCGCGCCUGAUCGAGUGGAAGGCCCGCGUCGAUCUGGUGUGGUAUGCGGCCAGCGGUGCUGUCGAGCUUCGUCUCGAGGACAUCGUCGGUUACAGGCCCCGUCAUGGGUUGAACUGGGAAAGCCUUUACCAGGCAGUCCCGCGUGUGCAUGACGAUGGGCACUUGGCCAAGUUUAUCCGGGCUUUGAAGGCCGGAGAGCAGAUCUCAAGACCGUUUGAGCAGGGGAAAUGGGCCGAGGCAUUCCCGAUCAAGGGCCCCAUGUGGCUCCGAAUCGCCCAGAUGGCAUAUGAUUCGAGUGCUGGUCGCCCAACGGAAGAAAAAUGGAUCUGGGGAGCGGGGUUUGAGCAGAACUGGGCCGCAGUGCCAUCGGUGUAA